CUGCUAAAACGUGCGACGGCCCGUACGUUUUUUUUUGUGCGCAGAAAAAAUAAAACCAAGAUUAUUUACUACAAAAUAACGUGUGCAUAAGAAGUGUAUAUGUAUGCAUGUCUGAGUAUAUAUGUAUGUAUGUACGAGUGUGUGUGUGUGUGUAUAUGUAAUUUGUUAAAUAAGCAAAUAAUAUUUGAAUAAAAUGUUGGACGCACCCGCCGUACUCUUCACAAUAACAAUACCCACGGCCAGCGAGGAGCAGCGCCUCAAGGAGGCCUACAGGCGGCAGCUAAAGGACGAAGGGCCGAGGGAAACGCAGACAGAGAGGGGAUCUGCCUACGAGGGGCAGAGCCUGCAGAGAUCACAACAGCUGUUUGAGUCACGACGAGGCCAACAGCAAUCGCCGCCGCCCCCUUUAAACAGUAGAGUAGGCGGGGCCGGUGACAGCGUAGGUUUACGAACACAGCUGACAGAUGUUGCUGAGCGCAGGGAACUGUUGGAGCUGCCACUGGAUACCGCCAUGGAGCACGUGCUGCGUCAGAUAUUGCGCAAAUUUGGCAUAUCGAACGCGCUGUGGCUGCGCAGCAUGGAGGGCAGCAGCUAUCAGAUAAGCUUUGCGCUGGAGUUCAAUGAACUCUACGAGAAUCUCUACGAUGCACUGCAGCAAUGGGGCAUCGGGGAUCGGGAGGGCUCCUCUGUUGCGGUCAUGAACUGCAUUGCCUCAAAAACCUACAAAACAAAUCCCUUAGAAACGGACAAACAGCCUGCGGCUGGGCAUGCGCCCAACGACAGCAACAACAAUCAGAACGCGCAGAAGCAGGGCGCCUGGAACAGAUUCAUGAACUCGGUGCGCUCCCGCCUGAACGUGGCGCAAAUUGUGCGCGAUGUCCGCCAGGAUGCGGCCAUAACCUUUGACUUUUGCAUCCUGCUCGUCUCUGCAGCCACCUUGGCCUCCUUUGGGCUGAUAGAGAACAGCACCAUUUUCCUGGCCUCCAGCAUGCUGAUCUCACCGCUGAUGGGUCCCAUUAUAGCUGCCAUUUUUGGUACUGUGAUCGAGGAGCGUUCGCUGCGCCGGCUGGGCAUGCGCAACGAGCUGAUUGGCAUACUCUUGGCGACGCUGGUGGGAUUCCUGUUUGGGCUGGUCGUGUGCACCACGGACAAGAAGUACGGCAUUGGCGAGGGCCUAACCGAGGAGAUGCUGUCACGCUGCGAUCUGCACUCGCUGAUCGUGGGUCUGUUUACGGCCAUCCCUUCCGGCGCGGCGGCUGCCAUUGGCAUACUGGGCGGUAAUAUUGGUUCACUGGUGGGCGUGGCCAUAUCCGCAUCCCUGCUGCCGCCGGCGGUUAACUCGGGCCUGCUCUGGGCCCUCGCCUGCAUCUACAAGCUGUACGAAAGCGACGACACGCUGUACGUGAACGUGGUCAAGUCGAGGAAGUAUUCGCAGCAUCAGGGCACCGAGCUGGCCGUGCUGGGCAGCAUCAGCAUGUGCCUGACACUCUCCAAUGUGCUGUGCGUCUACCUGAUGGGCAUCCUGGUGCUCAAGGUAAAGCAGAUUGCGCCCGUAAUCGGGCGCAGCAAUCGCCAGUUCUGGAUGCACGACAUCAAGGUGUCGCGCGGCGAUGCCGCGCUCAUUGACGAGCUGCUGGCCAACCUGACCAAGGAGGACAGACAGGUCAUCAAUGGGGAUUUGCUGCGACAUCUGGACGAGACCGCCUACCAGCACACCUGGUCGCCGCGAAGCAUGCGGCACAGCUUCUCGACACAGCUGCCGCCCGCCUUUGCCAUCCAGCGCCUCGAGCAGCUCUACACGCAGACACUGACGAAGCUGCCCGAGCGGCGGCCACCUGCCAGCAUCGAGCGGCACAAUACGCUGCGCAUCGCUGACGCCCAAACACCGCGACCGCGUUUUGCGAGCAUGCCCUCGCAUGGAAGUCGACACGAGCUGCAUUUGCCGCUGGACGCUGUCAUUGCGAUGCCCGUGCCACGCUUUACGGUGACGCCGGCCGCGGAGGAGUUGCUCCACAAGUAGUCUAAGCGCAUUCGUAC